AUGUCGACUUCCGGUGUUAUGGUCAACCCUGACGUGCAGUCCACGUUCCAGAAACUAAGCGAAGGGAAGAAAGAAUUCCGAUACAUAAUCUUCAAAAUCGAGGAGCGUGAAGUUGUCGUGGAGGCAGCCGUUUCGCAAGAGGAAUUAGGUCUCACUGGUGACGAUUACGAUGACUCAUCCAAGGCUGCCUUUGAAAAGUUUGUGGCCGACAUCAAGGAACGCACCGACGGCUUCACUGACUGUCGUUACGCUGUUUUCGAUUUCAAGUUUACUUGCUCACGCGUAGGCGCAGGCACUUCUAAGAUGGACAAGAUCGUUUUCCUUCAACUGUGCCCAGAUGGUGCCUCUAUCAAGAAAAAGAUGGUUUAUGCGUCCUCUGCAUCGGCCAUAAAGGCGUCGCUCGGUACUGGAAAGAUCCUUCAGUUCCAGAUCGACAAAAAUGACACAGCCAUCGUUGUGGAGAAGGUCGGCGAUAAAGGAGCACCGUAUUCCGAGUUUGUAGAAGAGAUGAGGAAAGCUGUUGAUGGAGGCAAAGAAUGCAGAUAUGCGGCAGUAGAUGUUGAAGUACAAGUGCAACGUCAAGGUACUGAAGGUGGCAGUAAACUGAACAAGGUUAUAUUUGUGCAAUAUUGUCCGGAUGAAGCACCUGUACGUCGUCGAAUGCUUUACGCUUCGUCAGUUCGUGCCCUGAAAUCGACGCUUGGUCUCGAAUCGCUGAUGCAGGUUCAAGCAUCUGAUCUGUCCGAUCUGGAUGAAAAAGCCAUCAAGCACGAUCUGGUCACUAGUCAGAGAACCUAA